AUGCGCGUGCAGAUUGGAGAGUUCCUGCAACAGACUUACCAGGAAAAGUCGGACGAGAUUCUCGAGCGGUACAAGGCGUACGAGGGCAUCGACAGUCUCUCAGAGGCGAUCGACCAGGCAAAAGUGGCAGCUGCAUCGAGCUCGAAUCCUUCCCGUCGUAGACGUUCCUCGAUGAAACAGGCUGAGGGGACAAUGGAUCCAAAAGAAGCACGUAUCUCUCGUUUGACUGGUCACUCGCCCGAUGUUUGGAAGCCUGAUAUUGCUCCUCGAACAGCAGUACAUGCUGUGACCGUGCCACUGCUCGAGGCCGAGAGGCAGCGAUUAGAGAAGGCACUGGCAGAGGCAUGUUUUCCCCUCUCAAUACAUCUUUACAUGCUCAAAUUAUGUCAGGUUGAGAAAUUGGCUGAAGAAUCCCUUGCUCGAUGCAGGGAGAAUCGCGAAAAGGCAAUAGAAGCCAAGGUACAAGCAUCCAGGAUAAUGGACCGCGUUGAACAGUCUCGACCCGUCCUCCACCAACCACCAGCCCGCCCGGAUAUUGUCAUGUCCCGCCAAUUGCCAGCAGUGAUAUGGCGAGAGAUAUUCAACUUAUACGUUGAAGAUGAUGCAUAUCUUCCGGAGGAGCAGCACUUCGAGUGGCAUGGAGCCCGACCUAUAGCACUUGCCAUGGUGUGCAAGGAAUGGCGGCAUAUUGUCAUGUCCCACCAUUCGACACAUCUCUGGAGCUCUCUAUAUAUCUGCUCAGAACAAGACGUAUCCGCUACGGCGACGAGGAUUCAGCACUACAUCGCACACUCGAACGCUCGGCUGGAAGUCAUCUGUAUCUCCGCCCGUUCAGCAUUUCCCGACAAUUUCAUCACUCGGAUCGGUUCAAUGAUCAGAAAUAUACCGAAAGUCGGCAAAAUCGAGUGUCUAGUCGGGAUGGGCGUUAAGGACAGCCUCCAUAAACUUCUCAAGCUUUCACCACAAUCUCACGCUCUUAUCCUCAAAGGAAUCAUUCCUGAGGAUGAUCCGUCUAAGGAGCCCUAUGUUAGACUCCCGCGGCAUUUGGUAUGCAGCAUCAAAGAGAUUUCCGCCGACUCGUGCGGAUUCAGCUGGAAUCAAUCCAUCACCUCGGAUUUUAAACCAAAAAAAGUAGAAAUCAUGUCUACUCAUCGGUACCCCCUAUUCAAUGCGCAGAACCAGCCGCCUAUGAUUCAAGAUUGGGCGCCUGGCGCGCUUCAGACUCUGACAAGCUACAAGGUUGACGAGACAUACUCGCCUGACCUGGGCGUUUCCUGCCUAUCGCGGCAGGGUUUGCCUUCUCUGAGCGUCCUCUCGACGCUGGAGAUUCCCCUCGGCCUACUCCUCCAAAUACACUAUCGUCAUGUCAAACUUCCGGCACUGAGAAAUCUCAUCAUAAUGAACACGGUGAAUGCCAAAUUGGAGGACUGGCAGGACUUUGUUGCUGCAGAAGGGGGUGGCGGCAAGAUUCACAACCUUACUAUCAGGUCGAUGCCACGCUCACAGGCGUCAAUACUCGAACCCUUUAUCAACGAGUUGCCCGGUCUCACCACUCUGACUCUCGAAGGAGAGAGUGUGGCGCGCAUCACUCGUCGGAUGCUGGUCGCAUCAGAAUUCUACCAGGAGAGAAGUGAUUCUCAUUCACCCUAUCCUUCUCUUUCCACCCUACGUGUCCGAAAUUACACAGGGGAAGGACGCUCCCUUGCCAAAUUCUUGCAUCUUCGCGGUUGGCUUGCGGCCAGCAGCGACCAUAUCACCAUUAGAUGUCGUCUUCAUCUUAUUAACUGUGGUCAUCUAUCUCCGGAUGUCAACGCUAUCAUCCUUCCCUACUGCCACUGA